AUGAAGGAAAAUAGCGUAAAGUCUAUCAUUUUCGUUAAAGUUGCCACCUUCAUCCUUUUAGCGUGCACAAAUCAGAUGUGCAACGAUUCGGAUACCCUCGGAAGAUCACUGGUUAAAAAGUCGAGUGCCAAUGGGGAAUUUCAUUUAGGAGCUGAACGAUUAUUAGGAGAAAGUGGAUCGUGGCAGGAUUCCCUUUUGAUAGAUAAAUUUUAUGAUGAUGAUUUAUUCGAUUAUGAUUCUGAUAACACGUCAAGACGCCAUGUAAAAGAUAGGCACCAUCACCACAGUCGUAACCAUCGACAUGAACGUGGACACAGUCAUAGACAUCGCACAUCACGAAGGAAAAGAGAUGAAAAGAAUAAUGAGAAGGAUGAAGUACUUAGCUUGUCCCGAUUCGAUAUAGAUGAUGAGGAGGAGGACCAUGGUGAAAGGAGUUCAUCACGACAUAAAUUCAAUGAUUAUGAUGAUGUAAUAAAUCUUACGAGUGCAUGUAGACCUAAUUCGAAACAUAGAGUGUCAUCAAUAAAUGCCGGAUUGCCUCCACAAUAUGGAGAUGAUUUUAUUUUUAGAGGAGGACAAGGAUUUUCUGGUAUGGUUAAAAAAGCUGAUGGUUAUUGUGAAAAUAAAAGGCUCGAUGGCUUUAGUGCUAUGGACAAAUAUAAGGGUUAUCAUGCGAAAGAAAAAAGAAUUAUGAAACGCGGUUCUAAUGGGAAAGCUGCAAAGGUAGUUUGCUUUCUUGGUGCAGUUGCACUGUCUAAUGAGUUAUUAGGGUUUUUAUUAACGACGAGUUCUAUUGUUUCUUUUCCAUUGGCAGCUUCCGCUUGUUUAUUGGGGGGGCUUUUCUACAAAAAAAAGAAAGGAAAAAAUAAAUAUAAGAGACAGCACUUAAAAAGCAUAACUUACUAA